GGGUGACGUCAGCGGUCAUAUGACCGGCCGGGGCCAUCGCCACUCUCCCGAGCGCGGUGCGCUGUCGCCGCCGCCGCCCCCCCGGCCCCCUCCCCCCCCCACCCCUACCGCCGCCCUCCUCGCCCCCUUCUCCGCGCUCCCGCCGGUGUCGCCUCGCCCUGUCCCCUGCCCCCGCCAUGGCUCGCGCCCAGGGCGCGCGGGGGCUGCUCGCGGCGGCCGCCCUGCUCGGCUUUUUACAGGCUUCCUCUUCAUUUGAGGUGAAAGAUGCAAGUGGUAAGGCCUGCAUAAUCGCUGAUCUGACUGUAGCCUUCUCAGUGGAAUACAAAAGCAGUGGUCAAAAAGAGUUUGCACACUUUUUUCUUCCACAAAAUGCUACAGUAGAGCCACAGAGUUCAUGUGGUAAAGGUAACGCCUCUCAUCCCGUUCUGGUAUUGGGUUUUGGAGCAGGACAUUCAUUAAGCCUGAAUUUCUCAGAACUCGCAGACAAGUACCAAGUAGAAGAGCUAGUUUUCCACUACAAUCUGUCAGAUGCAACUUUAUUUCAUAAUUCAACUGCAGGAGAAGUGAAGAGAGUAUCACAUAAAACUAUUAUUCAGGCAUAUAUGGGCACGAAAUACAGAUGCAUCAACUCCAAGCAAGUCAAUAUGAAGAACGUGAACAUUACUUUUAGCAAUGUUACUUUGGAAGCCUAUCUCACAAACGGCACUUUUAGUAUGAACAAGACAGAAUGCGCUGAAGAUAUGGUCUCUACUACUGCUGUAGUGCCUACGACCCCUAAACAGACUACUAGCCAGGUUCCAACAACUAGCCCAGCACCAACUGCAUCGCCCUCAAAUCCUGCAGUUGGGAAAUACAAUGUGACUGGUCCAAAUGGAACCUGUGUACUUGCCUACAUGGGGUUACAGCUUAACAUCACCUAUGUAAAAAAAGAUGAAAAGAUGGGUUUGGAUUUGCUGAAUUUCAUACCACGUAACACCACUUUUUCUGGGAGAUGCGACAAUACCUCUGCCUUCUUGAAUCUGACUUUCGAGAAAACAAGGGUUAUCUUCCACUUCGCAUUGAAUGCAACUACUGAAAAAUUCUUCCUGCAAGGUUUGAGUGUAAGCACGACUCUGCCUUCUGAAGCAAGAGUUCCGAAGUUUGAAGCCUCAAACAACAGCAUGAGUGAGCUGAGAGCUACAGUAGGGAACUCCUACAAGUGCAGUGCAGAGGAGAAUCUCCAGGUCACGGACCAAGCACUUGUCAAUGUAUUUAAUGUUCAGAUUCAAGUUUUCAAGAUCGAUGGAGACAAAUUUGGGGCAGUGGAAGAAUGUCAACUGGAUGAAAAUAACAUGCUGAUCCCUAUAAUAGUUGGUGCAGCCCUUGCUGGUCUUGUUCUGAUUGUCUUGAUUGCUUACUUGAUCGGCAGAAAGAGGAGCCAUGCUGGAUAUCAAACAAUUUAAUGACUUGCACUAAAAUCCAGUGUAGAUGAAAAGCAAUUGCAAGAGGCUGGGAAAAAAAAAAAACCUACACAUUUCCCCUGAGCUAAGAUUGAUAUUGUAAGGGAACACCUUUUCUUGCAAAUUGCUUCUUCUUUAAAGUCUGCUUUAUUAAAUGUGAAAUCAUCUUGCAGCAUUUAACUAUGCACAAAAAUAACUUCUGAAAAUUCUGGUGUUUAAUUUUGCUAACUAGUUUAAAUAUUUACCCACUUAGAAACAAGCAAAAAGUUUUCAAGGGUGCUUUUUUGGAAUUGGCAUAAGAUGUCAGCUAAGGAUUCCAGAGAGGGAUGUUGCUAAUUCACACUGACUCAAUUUCAGAACUCUUAACAAAGGGAAAAGGUUCAUUCUUUGUACUGCUGCCAUCCAACAAUGAUGAUAAUUAUACUGAUGAUGCAUUAAAAAAAAUUUAGUAACAACUGACAAAAUUGAAAUUGAAAAUCUAAACUCCACCUUGUCUCUUAGGUGUGUAUUUUUUACUAAGCUUUAAACUCAAUGCCUGGCAUAUGCAGGAUGUGAACGACGCAAUACUCAAACCUUACAGGAACUCUUUAUGAUUGGACAACUCCCCUGUUUGAUAUUUUUGAUGCUAUGCCAGCUUGUUAGGAGCUGGUACUUUUUUAAAAUGGGUGUUAUUUUUAUUUACGUUUUUUUUUUUUUGUAAAGUGAUUUCAGUCUAUUCUGUUGGAAGGUCCAGAGAGAUCCUGUUACUGCACACGUGUACAAUAUAGAUCUCAAUCUGCUGAUUCUCUUGCUUUAAACUUGGCUGGGGGUUGUACACUUUAAGGAUCAGUUCUUAUGUAUGCAUUGCCUGUAACAAUGCUAAUAAAGACACUUUUUUUUCUGUA